GGUUUAUAUUAGACACUACGACACAUUAGCGCUUUGAAAUUAUUAAACGCGAUAGUUUCUUAUUCUUUUUAGUUUUUCCAAAAAUUCAUCUAUCGACAUGACUGUUUCGUCAUCGAUCCUGUUUUUCCUGGCCGUCUGCAAUUGCCUCGUCCACCUAAGCGAAGGACACGGUUACAUGUACGACCCACCCAGCCGAUCCUCCGUGUGGCGAUUCGGUUUCAACGUCCCCGAAGAUCAGAAAAAUUACAACGACAUGGAACUCAACUGCGGCGGUAGAGAAGCCCAGCAUUUCGACGAAGUCAAUCAAGGCCGUUGCGGCGAGUGCGGAGACGAGUGGAAAUUGGCCCGGCCGAGACCCAACGACGAAGGUGGUAUCUACGACACUGGCAUUAUUUCACAGACUUACACAGAAGGAUCGGUCGUCCGGCUAACUGUGAACGUUACAGCCAAUCAUUUCGGCACCUUCGUUUUCCGUCUGUGUCCCAAACAAACAGCCAACGAGUUGGUCACCCAGGAGUGUCUGGAUCGCUACCCACUUCAACUGGUGGAGAUGCCGGGACAAGGUGACGGGGUAGUCGACGGAAUUAAUUUCCACAUCGGCAGCACCACCGGCCUGUACUUCCCCAGCGUCAGGUUACCGGCUGGCGUCAAUUGUGAACAUUGUGUCCUGCAAUGGUAUUGGACUGUAGCCAAUAGCCCAGGGCUGUGCCCCAACGGAGGCAGUGGCUACUGUUACCAGGAAUCGUUCGUCAACUGCGCAGAUGUUUCCAUUCUUCCGGCGCGUGCCUAAUCCAGCCAAACAUUCGCUCAAAAAAAAUGUAUUACGUAAUGAAA